AUGGCACAACCUCCAGAGCCAGCAGACGAUGAUGUAUCGAAAGACCUGCUGUCAUCUCUUCCCGGUGAGAUUGAACUCGAGAUUGCCAAGCAUCUCAGCUACGCCGAUCUCUGCAACGUCCGUGGAACAUCGCGAGCGCUAAGCGGGUGUUUCGUUGACCCUGCAACUCGCCUGGCCGACGAGAUUUCAAAGGCUUGGGUUGAAAUUGGAAGCCACUUUCGGGAUGAAUACUGGGUGAGUUUGAAUCUGUCGCUCCCAGGCUUGAUUGUCAACGGCAAGACCCUUGGACAACGAGUGGAGGAACAUGCCGUGCAGUGUGGCUUCUCGAAGACGCUCGCUCGGUGGCUCGCUCAUCCCAAAGACUUCCACUACCCUUGCUCCAAGUGUCGUGUCGUGAAACCAUGGGAUGACUUUCCAUUUGACAGCCUACGCCGCACAUACCCUAUAGGAACACCCAUGAAUCCUCCGGCAACCCAGCAAGAGGAUACCAUCGUCUUGGGCACAUCUGCGACGAGCGUUGGAUCAUUCGAUGUGGACGAUGCCGGACCAUGA